GGUGUAAUUUUGGGGAUCAGCCAGUGCGUCGUUGUUCCGACCCGUCGCAAUCGAACGCUUCUGCAUGACCAAAGCAAACAAGAAAAGGGCGAGCGUAGCCAUUCCGAAGACUAUAAUACGGCGCCUGCCUUGCGAUCUCGACGAUAUCUCACGAUCGGCCUGCGUUGUGUUUGCACAGUGGCGACAAUGACGGCCUUAUGGCUUAACACCCUUCGAAAUUUUCAGCUCUGUCUGCUCUGGAUUCCAGCGUUCGGGUGGAUUCUCAAUUACACGUUUUUCUCAUCUCGCGCAUCAGUAUCUGGGUCUGCUCGAUCAUCCGCGAUUUUGCCCAUUACCAUGCUCAUAGCAGGUUUCAGUCUGUUGAUCGACGGCGGAUCGCGAAUGGAAGCGCUUUGGACAGGGAUAUGGGCAGCGCUACUUAUUGCGGUGACGGACGCGUAUACAACACAUUUCUCGCUCGAAGAAGAUUCAAAUGCGUUGCAGCAAGCUCAAGCUGCCGUACCGUACAUGGCAGGCAUCUCGCUGGUGCUCUCUGUAUUCCAGUGGGGCUUGAUGGAUUCCUCAAACUUUAGCACAUUGGUUAUCGCGAGGAAGGAUUUGUGGGCCGCUUGCGGGACAUUAGGCGGUUGUGCCGCCGUAUGGGCAGUAUCGCUCUAUCUCUCUGCCCAAAUUCAAAUCGGAGGCCACAGCGAAGCCUUUUCGAGUCACGCACAAGCUUUAUGUGUGAUUCUGUACACCUUCUUCAGCCAUGGAACGGGAGUCGCGUCUUCGUAUGACCGAGGGUUGAAAGACGCUUUUGGUUUGCUGCUGGUAGUUCUUGGGAUGGGCAUCGAUAUAUGGGCUAAGAAGCAUCAAAGCCAGGAGAUUAGGUAAGGACGGGCGUGUAAGUCUUGAGGGCUGGCAAGAGUCGUUUUAGACGGCCAUUCAUUCUCGCCAUAGUUCCUUCCCACUCUAAUAUUUGUUCUGUCUCCUUUGGGUUCCGUUUGGAUUACAAUCAACUUCCAGUCUUCCUCGGUCAGCCGCCGCUAUCGAGCGAAAUCGGAAAGUCGGA